GUUGUACAAACUAGGGAGUAGAUAGGUAAUAUUUCUCCAUAUUACUUUGUAUUCUUUAGGUAAAGUGGAUAUUAAGGACAAAAGAAUUUACACGUAAAUGCUGCAUGCUAUAUAUGACAGCUAGCUUUACUAUAAAUUGUUAAAAAAGUAGUUUUAUAAAUUGUGAAGACACAUAAAAUUUCAAACGAAUGGAUAAUGUUGUAUAAGUACAACAGUCAAAUAUUAAUGCGUCCAACAGAAACAUUAGUUUCUAUACCGCUCAUACGAUUUCUUUGGUAAAGAAUAAAGGCCAGAUACCCAGAUGCCUUUAGUUUCCAAGAAACGAAGGGCAACAUGUAUGACAUGUUGUCUGAAUUCAGAGUUUCAGAAUUCGAUUCAUUUGUGGAUAUAUUAAGAUUGACUUCUGGUGAUCCGUUAGAUACGUUUGGUGAAAUGUGGUACCCAAUGUUCCUUUGGUCAUUAUGUUCUUCAGUGUUUGUGCACACAUGUGCAGCUCUUGUAGCUAUUGGAACUCUAAGGAAGCACAAAUAUGGCAAGUUUUUUCCUGUUCUGCUGAUAGUGAUGGGUGUAGUUGGUCCAGUGACUUCGGGUGUAGCCUGCAGUGCUGCCAUAGCAUUUAUAUACCGUGCUGCUAAUAUGGCGAUGCCUCCCAUACAUGCUAUGGUUUGGGGCAUUGGUCAAACUAUACUAGGAGCUGGAAUAGGAUUUACAAGAAUUUUAGCAACAUUGUAAUUUGUAAAUAUAAAUUGCACUGUAUUACUAUUUUAUGAAACAGCUAGCCCACACAGCACAUGAAAUAAGUGAUUGUCAAUUAAGUAGUUAUUACACUAAGACAUAAAUUUUUAGCCAUAUGAAAAUAAUAAGACAAUAGCAAAUAACUUGACACUAAGCUAAUAAUAUAAUGUAAACAUAUAUUAUUCAAUUUGAUUCUAGUGCUGGUAAAUGUGAAAUGUUAAUGCAAAUUUAUAAAUAAUAAUGUGUAUUUUAAAAUAGAUGAAAAGCUGUAAAUAUGUAAUUAUUGAAAUAGAAUUUUUUAGUGAACUUGACUGAUGCUUCAGUGAGACAAUUAAUAUAAAUUUGUAUUCUUCCAUACUGUAUGUAUAAAUAGUGUAUAUAUUAUGUGUAAAUGAUAAAGCAUUCCAAGUGAAAAUUGUCGAUUCAACUGAAAUUUUGUAUUUGGAAAUUCAAUUUUUCAAAUGAAUUCAUUACUUUAGAUUAUUUGAUAAUCCCACCGUAGUUAAAAUGUUUAAUGAGAUUUACUGUAUAAUAUAUAAUUUUAAAUUGUGUAAAAGAGACACUUAUUGAAAGUGUAGCUCUUUGUCUUUGUUUUAAUAAUGGGAUUGUAGUGCCCCACUCAAUUCAAGACAUAACCAUAUAAAUUUUUAAUUGUACUUAUUUUAAUAAGAUUACCAAAAAACAAACCCAUGUGUUUAAUUUAUUCAAAGGAUUUUUUUUGUAAGAAGCAAGAAUGAUUGUGUACCUGCCUUCUUAAAUUUCAGCAAUUGUCAUUAUAUUAUGUAUAAGUUUUGUGGCAAUAAAUUGGCAUAGUAUUUGGUGUAUGUAGUGUUAUUAAAAAAAAAUAGAAGUGUAAUUGUCUGUUAUAAAAAAUUUGGAACAAUAUAUACCUAAAUACUUUAAAUUUUUGAUGGAUUACCUACUAAGAAAACGUCCUUUACUCCUUGUAUAUAAGUCAAAACAUUAUUUAAAGAAAAUUCAAAACAGUUAAUAAAAAGAACAAUGUCAUUUUUAAACCAGAAAUA